AUGUAUGGGAGAUGUGGAAGUGUCGAGGACUCGAAAGCAGCAUUCGAUCGAAUUCCUCAGCCCAAUCUCUUCUCGUGGAACAUCAUGAUCCAAGUGUAUACCCGCAAUGGCUAUCUUCAACAAGCGCUAGAGACUUUCACGCAAAUGCCAGUUCAAAACACAAUUGCUUGGAAUUCGAUGAUUUCUGCCUAUGCAGACAAUGGAAAUUUGAUCCAAGCUCAAGAAAUAUUUGAAAAAAUGAAGAACAGAAACGAUGUCUCCUGGACGAUUAUCAUCACAGCAUAUGCCUCAACUGGGCAUUUUGAAAAGGCAAAUAAUCUCUUUCAGCAGAUGGCAGAGGUGACUGUGGUAUCAUGCACCGCAAUGAUCCAGGCUUAUAUACUUAAUGACCAUCUUAACAAGGCAAAGGUUUUGUUUGAUAAAAUGCAAGAAAAAAAUAUCUUAACUUUUACCACCAUGCUUGUUGCAUAUGCCGAAACUAAGUAUUUGGAACAGGCAAAGCUUAUUUUUUAUGCAAUGCCAUACAGAGAUGUGGUUACCUGGACAGCCAUGAUUGACGCCUAUGCGCAAAAUGGAAACCUUACUGAAGCAAAAAAAAUGUUUGAGAGUGCACCAGUUUGGAACGUCAUAACUUGGACCGCAAUUCUCACAGCAAGUACCAAAUCAGGGCAUUUAGAUGCUGCAGAAGAGAUGUUUAAGAGUAUGCCGGAAAAGAAUAAUGUAUCAUGGAAUGCUAUGUUAGCGUCUUAUGUCACAGUUUCAAACAUUAGAAAAGCAAAAGGGAUAUUUGACAUGAUGCCUGAACCCGAUGUAGUUGCACGUACAAGCAUGAUUCAAGCUUAUGCCGAUGCAGGAGAUCUUGAUUCAGCAAAGAUUAUUUUCGACCAAAUAGAAGAUCCAACAUUUGUAACUUGGACUGUAAUGUUACAAGCUUACGCAAGAAAUAUGUUGUUAGAGCAAGCAAGAAUUAUGUUUGAAAAGAUGCCUUUCAGAGACACUGGUGCUUGGAAUUCCAUGAUUGCGGCAUAUGCCCAUUGUGGGCACAUCAAUGAAUCUCAAAAGCUCUUUAACCAAAUGCCAAGGUGGGAUUUGGUGACAUGGAAUAUCAUUGUUGCCGGUUUGGGACGCAAUGGGAACUUUGAAGAAGCACUCUCUAUGUUCUAUGAAAUGCCAGAAAGGGAUACCAUUUCAUGGAACGUAUUGCUGACAAUUUUUGUCCAAGCCGGUGCCUUGGCAAAAGCAGAAAAAACAUUUGCCACGAUGUUUGAUCAUGAUCUUGUCUCUUGGAACGCAAUGCUCGCAGCAUAUGCCCAGAAUGGCCACCCAAGAAAAGCUGUAGAGGUGUUUCUCGAGCUCAACUUGCGUGGCGCAAUCCCAGACAGUGUCGCAUUUUUGAGCCUUCUCACGGUUUGCAACCAUUUGGGUCUCAUAACCCGAAGCAUCCAACUCUUCUCCUCGAUGCACCACGACUUUGGAGUGAUCCAAUCUCAAGAACACUAUGCCUGCAUUGUAGAUGUCAUUGGGCGAUGCGGGGAGCUCCAAAAUGCCAAGGAUGUGAUCCACUCUAUGCCUUGCAAGCCAAAUCUCGAGGCAUGGGGUGCCAUGCUUGGAGCUUCCACUGUCCAACGCGAUUCACUCUUGGGUGGCUGCGCAGCCACUAAAGUUCUCGAGUUUGACACCUCCCAAGCAACCUCUUAUGUGAUGCUCUCCAAUGCUUUACAAGUUUAAAUACU